AUGACGAAGGCGGAAGACACUGGGCCUCACCUUCCCGGGACCUUCUCCUCCCUCGGUCACGCGCCUUUCGUGCAGCCAUCCUCGUACCUUCGCCCUCCAAUGGCCUCCCACUCCGAGAGACCAAUCGAUCGGGAAGAGCGACAAGGCCUGCACCCCUCCCAACUUGAGUCCCUAGGAAUUCUUCGCGACCCCCCUCUACAGAUCUGGCGGCCACAAGCGCGGGGAUCAGGGGACCAGGGGACCAGGGGAACCGACGAAGCAAACCUGGGGAUUGCCGCGGAGAUAAUCGGGGCCCCUGGAAUUGCAAUCCUCCCCCACGUCGAACAGCGUGCCAUUCGCAACUUCCUCAAGGUCCGCACCAGCUACGACGUCCUCCCCCUCAGCUUCCGCCUCAUCAUCUUCGACACCUCUCUUUCCGUCAAGGAGAGCUUGAAUAUCCUCAUCCAAAAUGGCAUGUGGCGCCCCCACGCCCUCCCGGCGAACCAUCCCUCCGAGAGACUCGAGAAAGAGACAUCCGCUGACUGGAAAGGCAAUCGGGAAUUUGCCGGUCUUCUGACCACCUCCGACUACAUCAACGUGAUUCAAUACUAUUUCCAGAACCCGGCCGCACUCGACCAGAUCGACCAGUUCCGGCUAGAUAGCUUGCGUGGUGCGUGCUUCUCGUUGAUUUCCCCAGCCUGUUCCGGUGACUCAAAUCCUAACGCAACGGGGAUACCUGCAGAGGUAGAAAAGGCACUGGGUGUCGCGCCGCCCGAAACCGUCUCCAUUGAUCCCGAACGCCCGCUUUAUGAAGCCUGCCGGCGCAUGCUCGAGUCCCGCGCUCGCCGUAUUCCCCUCGUCACGAACGACAGCCAGACCGACCGCUCCCACGUCCUCAGCGUCAUCACCCAAUACCGUAUCCUGAAAUUCGUGGCCGUCAAUGUGAACGACACCCAGAAGCUGCGCCGCCCGCUGGGGGAGCUGUUACUCGGGACAUAUAACAAUAUCGCCACGGCGUCGAUGGACACGCCUGUCAUUGACGUGAUUCACAUCCUGGUCGAGCGCAGCAUAUCUAGUGUGCCGAUUUUGAAUUCCGAGGGUGUUGUCUACAAUGUGUUCGAAUCAGUCGAUGUCAUUGCGCUCAUCCGCGGUGGGGUCUAUGAUGAUUUGAGUCUUACCGUGGGGGAGGUGCUGAAGAAGCGCUCACCGGAAUUCCCCGGCAUUUAUACCUGCUCGCUAAACGACGGACUGGACACGAUCUUCGACACGAUCCGCAAAUCCCGAGUUCACCGUUUAGUGGUUGUGGAUGAGCACUUCAAGCUCAAGGGGGUGAUCACCCUCAGUGAUAUUCUCCACUACAUCCUCCUCGAAGGAGAAAAUGACGAAGUAUGA